GACAACGACGCGUGAGAAGAGACAGGACGAGCAGGCUUGCUUGAUAUUUACAGAUUACAGGUCUCGGUGGACUUAGUGAUAGCUAUUACAAUGGGUGAUGAGAGGCAGACCAAGCCUGAGACGGGCAAUGAAAGCGCCGCAGCGGCCAGAGCUCACCAAAAGGACCAGCUAGCACAGCUGGUCAAGCUGGCAACAGCAAACGAAGCAGCUAAAGACUAUGGCAAAGCCGUGGAUCUCUAUUCUCAAGCAGCAGAGCUUCAGGCGGAGAUACACGGCGACAUGGCACCUGAAAACGCCGAUAUCCUGUACUCCUAUGGGAAAUGUCUGUACCAUGUUGGCGUGAGCAAGAGUGACGUGCUGGGUGCGAAGAUACCCCAGACCGCCACGGAGCCUGCUGGCGGAUCAAGCAGCAAGUCUGGAAAGGGACCAGGGUCUGGCGAAGAGGAAGAGGUACCGUCGAGCAUUAUCAAAGACGCAAUUGCCAAACACGCAGAGAAUGGUGAAGGCGCAGGGCCAUCAAGCAGCCGGGGCAAAGCUGGGGCGACACCGCUUUUCCAGUUUAUUGGGGAUGAGAACCUUGAAGCGUCUGAUGAUGAUGAGGAGGAGGAUGAGGAAGGAGAAGGAGAAGGCGGCGAGGAAGGCAAGGGAGACGGGGAGGAAGAGGAAGAAGACGACUUUGCGAAUGCAUUCGAGAUACUUGACCUGAGCCGUGUGCUGUACGAACGACAGCGAAGUGAGCUAGAACAGGAUAAGGAGCCGAACGAGGAGAAGCUACGACGGGUUAAGGAGCGGUUGGCAGACACGUACGACCUGCAGGCAGAGAUAUCACUAGAAGGGGAGAGGUUCCCGGAUGCAGCUACGGACCUACAGUCGUCGUUACGGAUCAAGGAAGAGUUAUAUUCAGGAGAGGACCCUAUAAUUGCUGAGUGCUAUUAUAAACUGUCACUAGCGCUGGAGUUCUCAUCUGUGAUGAAAAAAGACGGAGAAGAUGGAGAAAAAGGGAAAGGGAAAGCGAGCGAGAACAGCAACGCAGAGCCUGAGUAUGACGCAGCAGCCCGAGAGCAGGCAGCCGUCUACAUGGAGAAGGCAAUCAAAAGCUGCAAGGGCCGGAUUGCCAAAGAGGAAGCCCGGAUUGAGAGCAUUGGCAGCAACGACGGGGAGACCGUGGCCAGAAUCAAGCGGAAUAUCGAUGAUGUCAAGGAUAUCGUCUCGGACAUGGAGCAACGGCUUGUCGAUCUCCGGCGCCCACCUGUGGCCAUCCCGAACGCGGAACGGACCAACGAGGAACAGGCCGCCGCUCAGGCCAUCAAGCUGGAUGAACUUACAAAAGUAGCCAACGACCUGACGGGACUGGUAAAGAAGAAGAAGCAGCCAGUAGCAGCAACGGCAGCAGUGUCGUCGACGUCGUCUGUUGGCGAGCAGCAGCAACCCGAGGGCAAAGGGAAGAGACCACUGGAGUCAGCUGAAGAGGCAUUAAAUCCUAAGAAGGUAAAAGGCGAGGAGAGCUGAAUAUGCCUCAAGAGAGGGAGGGAUGAGAGAUGCAUCAACCUGUAUGUUAUGAGGGAAUAGAAAGGUGAUAACAGCAUAUGAAUAAUGAUGUUUCAAGCAACAAUCUGAGAGUAGCUCAUGAUUUGUGCUUCCGUCUCUGCCGGCGCUUUGCAGCCAGCGAGGGCGUCCAGACGCCGGCGAAGAGGUCCUCGCACUCGUCCUCAUCCUGGCUAUCGAACUCAAUUUCUUCUUUCUUCCCGCUGCCAUUGUCUACAGCAGCAGCAGUAGCAGCAGCACGAGAGAAAUCUACCGGGCCGUCUCUUGAGAUGCUGACCCGCUUGCUCUCGACGAUGAACUUGCCGACCUUGUAUUUCUGGCUCUCCUCCUCGGCUGCGAGGUACUUCCAUCCCAGGAUGGUAUGACAGAAGCGGCAGGCGAUGUCGCUGACAGUGUGAGAGCCGGUGACGAGCUGUCUGGGCACCGCGCGG